UUGCUUUUUCAUCCCAAUCAUUCAAAUCAUCAUCAUAAUCAUCAUCACCAUCUUCAUUAUCUUCAUCUUACUCCCACAAUACUCUCACUUUAAUGUUGUUUAAGGAGACAAGGCAUGAAAAAAAAACAUAAUCAAGUGAACAACAAUCAAAACUGAAUCUCGACUGGGUUUCACUUUCCCUCAUCACCAAUCAAGCCAACAAUCUUCCGACGACUUCAACUCAUUUAACUUACAACUGGAAACAAUCAGGCAACAUCAAUUGAGUAACAAUUUGAGUCUUUUUUAACAUUGCCAACAAAGUCAACCAGUCAACAACAACGACCAAGAGUGGACCUAAAGUGGUCGAGGCGACUUAAAAGAUCAACUUUCUUCCUCUUCCUACUAUUAACAAUCAUCACCACAAUAACCACCACAAUUACAACCACAAUCAUCAUCAUCAUCACCAUCAUUUUCAACAUCAUCCUUAUUUCCUGCUCAUUUAGCCUUUUAACUCUUUCAAAACACUUUCACUUUUCACCUGAAAUCAUUUAUAUUUUGUACUCUUUGCAUGCUUCAUCUUCGGGUUAAUCCAUCAUUUUGUUUAUUAACAUCAUCAUCAAAUUACUAUUUAUCACCAUAUUUAACUAAAACCAACAAUCACACAUAAUCAUAAUGGAUACAUCACCAAUAAUAAAAGUAGCAGCGUUUAUUAAACCUUUACAAUCUCAUUAUUUAUUAACUUCAAAUCCAUUGUCAAAGGUUACAUCCAAACAAUCAGCUGGGACGCAAGUUGGAUCAGUGAAAAAAUUAGUGACAAUCAGUAAAAGGUUAAAAUCAAUUUUACCAGUUUUUAAUGUUUUUAGCGUUAUUUUGUUAUUUUGUAUCAUUGGAUCUCUUGGUGCACCUUCAACCUCAUCAUCAACCUCAUCUCCAUCAUCCUCAUCAACACCAAAAUCAUCAUCAUUUUCAUCUAGUAAAAAACCUAAUAAACAAAAGGUAAUCUUAAUCCUUGCCGAUGGAGUUCGUUAUGAUUACAUCAAAGACCCUAAUCUGAAAGGGAUUCAAAGGAUGGCCCGGAAUGGAGUUAAAGCUGAAUAUGUUCAACCAAUUUUCCCAUCCAACUCUUAUCCCAAUUGGUAUACAAUAGUUACAGGCCUUUACGCUGAAAGUCAUGGGAUGAUUCAAAAUUUCAUGUACGAUCCCGUUGAGAAUGACACUUUCCUAAUGAGUCCUCAUCCAAAUGCAUCCCAUCCUCACUGGUGGAGCAUGGCUGACCCUCUCUGGACAACAGCUGAGAAGCAAGGAGUUAAAACUGCAGUUUUCUGGUGGGACGGAUGUCAAGUUGAGAUACGCAACACAACACCAUCAAUGUGCCUUGAAUAUCAAUCCUAUUGGACUUGGCCGACCGUUCAAAAUGAUACUCUUGACGCUUGCGAUGAGAUAUUGGAUAAUUUUGAGAAGGAUGAUUGGGGUUUGGCUUUGGUCUAUUUUGAGGCUGUUGAUGCCAACGGUCAUGCCUGGGGCUCUGAAUCAAGCGCCCGAAUUGAAGCAAUGAAAGAUUUAGACCAGGUCAUAACUCGGCUUCAGGAUGGAAUUGAAUCUCGAAAAAUGACCGACCUGGUAAACAUUGUACUGGUCUCUGAUCAUGGAAUGGUCACUGUUAUUGAAGAGAAUGGCGAACAAAAUGCCAAAGUGAUUGAAAUUGAAACCAUUGUUGACCCAAAUGAUAUUGUAGUCAUGUUUGACCGAGGAACCACUUCUAUGUUAUUACCUGUUAAAGGGAAGGAACAAAAGGUACUUGAUGAUCUUAAAAAAGCAAGUCCUGCAGGAUUAAGAUUCUAUGCUAAAUCCGAUAUCCCUAUCAAAUAUCAUUUUAAAAACAACCGCCGAGUCUCGCCAAUUUUGUUGGUUGCUGAAAAGGGUUAUUUUGUCCGUGGGUUUACUGAUUAUGGUAAAACCAAACCUUUACCGGACAUUGUCUAUUCUGGACAUCAUGGCUAUGAUCCGUAUGCUGUUAAAGAGAUGAGGACAAUCAUGCUUGCAACGGGCCCUGGGCUACGCAAAGGUUACACUUCACCUCCAUUAAUGAUGACCGAUCAUUACAACUUGGUCUGCCAUUUACUUGAUAUUAAUGCUCAACCCAACAAUGGCUCAUGGCUUCGAAUUGAAGGAAUGCUUGCUGAAGAAUCAAGUCAGCGUCACAGUUCCUUAUGGCCAACAAGUCAAGCCAAUCAUGUUUCACAAUCUAAUUACCUAUCAGCACUAACACUUAUUACUCUUUUUUUAAUUCUAUGCCGCCAUCUUUAACUCUCUCCUGUAUUUUUGUGUGAACUUUUUUUGUUCACUUGUUGAUUCAAACUCUUUAUUAUUUAUCUUUUGCAUCUUCAUCAUGUGUAUCACCAUAUCAUUAACAAAUUCAACACCAUCACUGUCACCAUCAUCAUCAACGUCUUACUUGAUUGUUAUUUUUUUUGUAAUAUCAGAAUAUCAAAGGAAAAAGAAACAUAUUCAAGAUAAAA